AUGGCGGCUUUGCUGCUUGCGGUCUCUGCGUACUGCAUGGCUCUGUGGUACGUGGAGGACCGCCACUGGCAGGAGCUGCGCGAGCCGCAGCGUGGUGGGCUGGAGGCGCUGCUGCGCGAUGACGAGGAGAGCGCCGAAGAGACGCAGAAGCCCUACAACGUGACGUUAUCGUCGUAUGCCUCAGGCACCACCCGCACGUCGUCGUACCAACCACCUGCACCGCCGUUGCAACCCAUGGCUGGUGACACCUGCUCAGACUCGCUGAGCCUGCUGGACCGUGCAUCCAGUGCGAGCCGUAUGAUUGAUUACGCUGCCAUGUGA